AUGCAGACCAAGGUUUUCGUCUCCGCCCUCGUGGCUGGCAUGGCCACCGCCCAGACCCUCAACAUUCCCACUCGCAGCGGUUCCAUUGUAUCCCUCUCCGCUCCCUCCACGAUCUCGGGCUCCAAGGACUUCGCCAACAAGGAGUUCGACCGUGGUCGUGCCUGUGACACCGACGCCGACACUGGCAGUGACUCCGCCGUCUUCAUCCUCGAGAACGGCGCCACCCUGAGCAACGUCAUCAUUGGCGCCAACCAGCUCGAGGGUGUUCACUGCAAGGGUGCCUGCACUCUGAAAAACGUCUGGUUCCGUGACGUCUGCGAGGAUGCCAUCUCCGCUCUCGGUACCGGUGACGUCCUUAUCCAGGGCGGUGGCGCCCAGAACGCCGCAGACAAGGUCGUCCAGCACAACGGUCGCGGCACCGUCACCAUCGACGGCUUCACCGUCGUCACCGCCGGCAAGCUCUACCGCGGCUGCGGUGACUGCACCAACAACGGAGGGCCCCGCAACGUCAUCGUCAAGAACGUCAAGGCCAAGGGCGUCAAGGAGCUUGUCGGCAUCAACUCCAACUACGGCGACGUCGCCACCAUCUCCAGCACUUGCGGCUCCAGCGUCUCCAAGGUCUGCCAGGAGUACAAGGGCGUCUCCAAGGGCAGCGGCGAGAGCUCCAAGGUCAGCACCACCGCCAACUGCAAGGGCCAGACUUCUUUGUCUGCUUGCUAA